UGUAGAUCUUGUAGAAAGAGAAUGAGAAUCAUGGGAAAUGUAGUGAGAGACUUUAAAAUGAACUAUAAAGGUAAUGACAUCUGUCAGGAUGGGGCUUUGUUCCCGGACCUCCUCCCUGUCAGACUACCAAUGAGAGCACAGAGCAUGCGCCGUCCUUUUCAGCAGAGAAGGAGGGGGGAGGGUAAGAAAGACACAGCGUAGGAGAAGGAGGGUGCUGUGUGUCUCUCCUGCAUCAGCGCCAGCAUCACUGCCUUCGUCACCGGAAAACAACAAGAAACAGAUCACAGAUAGCAGAAGCUAUAGAGAAUAAACACCAUUAGCUGCAGCAGAGUUUCAUCUAAAUCCAUCAGCUACUGAUUCUUAGAUGAUGUCACAGCAUCUUCACCUUUAUUAGCCAGAAGCAUCAAUCUCCCCAGAGAGACGGGGAAUUCUUCUAGGCAUGCCUUGAGAAGAGAAGACGGCGGCCAUCGCUCCAUCCCAUCACCAUGGGAAAUCAGGAGGCAAAGCAAAAGCGAGCUGCACCUGCAUCUGGUAAUGGAAGCUACCCUUCACUGGAUGACGGAUGGAGGGAGGGAGGGGGGGACUUGACCAAAAAGGGGGGCAAGAAACACUAUGGCAAGCAUGGAGGUAAAGGAGCAAACAGCAGUGGAGGAGGAGGGACACAUGGCACAGGAGCAGGCAAAAAAAGAAACAAAUCCGACUCCAAGUCCUCCGUUUUUUCCCUGCGAAAGAGAAAGACCAACCAUAAAGGGAAGGGGGACACGUGCUCAUCGAUUCCUGAUCUGGCAUCACAGCACGAUGAGCUGGACAGCAGCAAAACACCUGACCUGUCCGCAGACGAGCUGGGACACUCUGAUUCUGAGACGGCGUUCCCCGAAAAGAAAAAGAAACCAGAACGGGAAAUCAGGAAGAGAGAAGGAGGAGAAGAGGAGAAGUUGGAGGUGCAGAGGAAAGCCUCAACAGCAGCAACCUCACCCACAGAGGAAGGAGGGCAGAAGGGAGGCAGCUCAGGAUCAGACACUGAUAUUUACAGCUUCCACUCAGCGGCUGACCAUGAGGAUUUACUCGCAGACAUCCAGCUGGCCAUCAGGCUGCAGCAUCAGCAACAUCUGGAUGGUGGAAACGCCAUCGCUGAGGCGGUUUCAGGAGGCAGGGACCUGACCCUUAAAGCACCGGAGGACAUGACCAAGAAGAGGAAUGGGAUCGAGAGGUUAACUCCUCAGGAGGUUCUUGAGACGACUCCAGAGUUAGAGGUGGCCUCGGAUGCUCUGUCCUUCCUAGAGAGUGAAAGUCCUCCGUCUGCCAAAGCCAAAUCCCCGCCUCCACUGCUGCCGAGCAGAGAGACACACCUCUGCCCUCCCUCAGAGGUGAAGGGACAGGGGGCCGUCCAGGAAAAGGUGGGGCCUUUGGAGUUAAGCAUGGGAGGAGAGGGGGAGAGAGAAACCAGCACAAAAGACCAGCAUGAGAACGUCUCCAUGGCUACUGGGGGUGUAGCAGCCAAACCAGUCGCCAUGGAAACCAGUGCUAAUGGCUCCCCUGAUGUCUCAAUUGACAGUGAAGGGAAAAGUCCCAGAAAGCUGGAGGAAGCAGACCUGAGCCCCGCUCCGGACAGCAGCAGUAAAAGUCCUGAAGCAGCAGAGGGACUGAGCUCAGGGGACGUGUUCGACGCUCACUUAGGCUCAGCUACGAGUGCCGAGUCCCUGGACGAAUGUCCCAUAGUGGGCUCCAAAACAAACCAACCCGUCGCUUCCUGUCCCAGUGCCUCUCCGCCCGACCAGCACUGCGGCAGGGGCAACAUCUGCUUCGUCACCCUGCCCCCCCAGGGGAGCCCAAAGCUGGCAAAGCAGCUCCUAAAGUCUACCCACCCCUCUAACCUCUACAGCCACGCCGUUAAAUCCUACCCCACCGUCUUUCCAUCCUACAUUAAGACCACCACGCGGCAGCUCAGCACGCCUGGACACUCCCCCGCUCUGUCUCCCUCCCAUAGCCCCCUGUCACCACGCAGAGCCCACCUCCACAGCCGCAGGACGUUUGUCGGAGAGCAUGAAACUCACAGACAGCGGUCUCUGAGCCUCACUGGGGCUCUAAGCCGCUCAGCUGACUGGACAGAGGAGCUGGAAAGGAGGCUGAGAGGCAGAGAAGUGGAUGGAGGAGAAUCAGGAGAUUAUCUGAUGGGCUACAGAGGAGGAGGCAGUCAACCUAUCUGUGCCACCAGGAGAUCCUCAUGUGGACAGGUCUCCCUCUGUCCUUUCCAGGAUGUCUUCACAGGUCGCACGCUCCUUGAGAAGCUGUUCCUGCAGCAGCAGCAGGAGGAACCAGAGGAAGCCGAGAGGCUCUGCUCUAAGAUCUUGGCCAUGGGUCUCCUGCUUCCUUUUACAGACUGCUUCAGAGAACAGAUGGGGGGCAGCACUGCUCACAUCCCCUCCACUGCAUCAGUCAAGUUUGAUCAUGACCAGCUUUAUACUUGGGCUGCAGUCAACCAGCCACCACACUCACUGGAUCUACUUGAGGGGAAACUCAUCGGUCAAAUCAAGAGCCAAUGGUCACCAUUAAAACAUGGGGGAGAAAACAGGCCUGGGAUUAAAUUGACGGAUGGAGAGUCCCAGACGCUGAUGUAUCAGUGGUCGGAGGACAGACAGGAGAUCAGAACUGCCAGACCUGAUGUUGGUGACAUGCUCAGUAGUCCGAGCCAAGAGUGUCUAGAUCAUCAUGAAGCUGUUCCCAAAACAAGACAACCAGAGAACGAAGAGACACCCUCAGAGGAGGAGUUUGUUUUGCCCUUAAAAAAGAUGAAGGAAAAACACGUAAAUGUUAUCCAGCAGCUUGAACAAACUAUUGAAGACCUCAGGACUAAGAUUGCCGAACUCGAACGUCAGCCCCCUCUUCUGGAGGAGAAGGGUACAAGAACCAUCACCUCCACGACUGACAGAGAAUGUGGAGGAGAAGAUGGCCUGUUGAGGGCUCUCCGUGAUGCCCAUCUGCAAACAGAGGCGGGACCCCUGCUGGGCUGUCAGGAGGUCAAGUCCGUACAGACCUCGCCAAUGGAUGACAGCUUUGGUUUCAAAGUGCCUUGUAGAGAGCAGGAUGGAGGUUUUGAGAAGCCCCAAUCCAAGCGUGAUUGUGCAUGUCAGCUGGAUCCUUCGUCUGCACCUCCCCUGCCUCAAGGCGAAACUGCAACUCUUCACUCAGGCCUGACUAUGGUCCCACCUCCACCUCCUCCUCCAUUACCCCCAGGUCUAGAUUCAACCCUUACAUCUGGUUCAACUGGUCCUUCUGCUCCACCUCCACCACCUCUACCUGGAGGCGUGGCUCCACCCCCUCCUCCUCCUUUACCUGGUCUUCCAGGUCCUCCUCCGCCACCCCCUCCUCCACCUUUACCUGGACUUCCAGGUCCUCCCCCGCCACCCCCUCCUCCACCGUUACCAGGACUCCCUGGUCCCCCUCCACCUCCUCCUUUACCUGGACUUCCAGGUCCUCCCCCGCCACCCCCUCCUCCACCGUUACCAGGACUCCCUGGUCCGCCUCCACCUCCUCCUUUACCAGGUCUUCCAGGUCCUCCACCUCCACCUCCUCCUCCAGGCUGUGGGCCUCCUCCCCCUCCUCCACAAGGAUUGGUUUGUUUCCCCCCAAGUCUUCCUGGAGCAAUAGGUUCACUCCCCCCUCCGUUGCCCCUUGGUCUAUAUUCUCUGGCUUUAACUCAGGAGAAACCAGCCAGGAAAGCUGCAGUGGAGCCACCCAGGCCAAUGAAGCCCCUCUAUUGGACCAGGAUCCAGCUCCAAACAAAGAGAUUGAAAAACCUGUGGCUGUCACCACAGGUGGUGAAGCUCCUGAACAAUAAGCGCUCACAGGCUGUUGGGAUCCUUAUGUCUUCAUUGCACCUCGACAUGAAAGAUAUCCAGCAUGCUAUCUUAAACUUGGACAACAACGUAGUGGACAUGGAGACCCUGCAGGCUCUUUAUGAAAAUAGGGCACAGCAAGAGGAACUGGAUAAAAUUGAAAAGCACAUAAAGUCGUCUAAAGACAAAGAGAAUGCUAAGCCACUGGAUAAACCUGAACAGUUUCUCUACCAGCUAUCGCUGAUCCCAAACUUCUCAAGCAGAGUCUUCUGCAUUCUCUUUCAGUCCAGCUUUUCUGAGUGCAUGUCAUCAAUCACAAGAAAAAUCAGCACCCUACAAAGGGUCUGCAAGACUCUGCAGGACAAUGAUUCAGUCAAGAAGAUUCUAGGUCUAGUUCUGGCAUUUGGUAAUUUCAUGAACGGUGGAAAUCGAACAAGAGGUCAAGCUGACGGCUUCACUCUUGACAUCUUGCCAAAACUCAAGGAUGUAAAGAGCAAUGAUGGUGCAAAAAGCCUUCUGUCAUACAUUGUAGCGUACUACCUCAGACACUUCGAUGAGGAUGCUGGGAAGGAAACAUCCGUGUUUCCUCUUCCUGAGCCCCAUGACCUGUUUCAGGCUUCACAGAUGAAGUUUGAAGAUUUUCAGAAGGACUUGAUGAGGCUCCGGAAGGACCUUAGAGCGUGCACAUCUGAAGUGGAAAAGGUGUGCAAGGUGUCAGAUGAGGAGCACUUGCAGCCUUUCAAAGAGAAGAUGGAGGAGUUUCUUUCUCAAGCUAAAAGUGAACUGGAGACGCUGGAUGGUCAACUCAGCAGCACCCACAAACUGUUCCUUGAGCUCACAACGUUCUACUCGGUGAAGCCCAAAGCGGGAGAAAAAGAGGCUUCCCCCAACGUUUUAUUUUCCAUCUGGCAUGAGUUCUCCUCAGAUUUCAAGGAGCUGUGGAAAAAAGAGAACAAAACUAUCCUCAAAGAAAGGUUAAAAGCAGCAGAAGAGAGUUUCAGACAAGCCAAGGAGAAAACUUCUUACAGUGUGAAACCAAAACAUGCUUCUGGCAUC